GCCGCGGAGGGACGUGAUUGGCGGAGGGGCGGGAGGGGGCGUGCCGGGGGCGGGGCCUCCCCUCCCCUGCCCGUCGGCGGGAGGGAGCGGCUGCGGCGGGCGCGGGGCCGCCAUGAGGUAGGCAGGAGCCCCCCUUGGCCGAGUGAGGCAGCAUGGCAAUGUUCUUGGGGGCCAGGAAUGCCCACUCGCUCCUGAAACGCUUUCCCAGAGCCAAUGGCUUCCUGGAGGAGAUCCGGCAGGGCACCAUCGAGCGGGAGUGCAUCGAGGAGGUCUGCAGCUAUGAGGAGGUCAAGGAGGUGUUUGAGAACAAGGAGAAGACGAUGGAGUUCUGGAAGGGCUACACCAGCUCUGUGUACUCUGUCAAGGACCCCGGGCACAGCACGGAGCGCUCCGACGCCAUGUACGUGGUGGUGCCCCUCUUGGGAGUGGCUCUUCUCAUAGUCAUCGCCCUCUUCAUCAUCUGGAGGUGCCAGCUGCAGAAGGCCACCCGCCACCGCCCCUCCUACGCCCAGAACCGUUACCUGGCCAGCCGGACGGGCCGCAGCCUGCCCAGGGUCAUGGUGUACCGCGAGCGCUCGCAGAGCCAGGGGGAGACCCAGUGCCAGCGGGAGGGCAGCAGCCGGGGCGCUGGGGACGCCAGAGCCGCGGGCACCCCCCAGCCAGACGGCACCCUGUGCCCGCCAGAGCAUUCUGUCUCCGUCCUCUCCAGACUGUCCAGUGCCACUCCCCCGCCGUCCUACGAGGAGGUGACGGGGCACCCCGAGAGCAGCAGCAGCGGCGAGGAGACCAGCGUCUCCUACAACGAGCCUCCGCCCAAGUACGAAGAGAUCGUGGCCACGGCCCCUGCCGCGGGCAAAUAGCGGGUGUGCCUCCCUCCUGCCUCUGCACACUCCCACACUCACCCAGCCACCCUCCCCUCGCCAUGCCUGGGACUCCCUUCUGGUGUUCGUCAGGCUCCAUUUCACCUGUACAAUCUGGUGCCAUCACACAAUAGCCUUACCCUCCUAACCAAAAAUAGCUGUCCCCAGGUGGGGUGAGGCAGGGCUGUGGGAUGGCUCUGGAGCCAGCCAGCCAUCUCCUGCCCCUCACUCCCCACUCACGUAAGUGCUGUAGCAGCCAGAGCAGAGCAGCAGCUUGUUCCUGGCUCAGCCUGGGGGUCUCCCCAUGGUGCAUUUGAUUUCCUCACUUCCCCCUCAAACAGACAUAACAUUUCCCAUGAUUAGAGCAGCCUUGCUGCCUCCCUGGGCUGCUGCUCGGCCUCACCCCAUGUUCUGGGCCCUGUUCUACUGCUCAGGGCUCUGAUUAGGUGAUGGAGAUGCAGGAUUGGUGUGGCAAAUUUUUGUCCAUCCCUGCAGUUGGUGGGGCCAGCUCUGUGGGGACAUGGUGCUUCCCCCGUGUGGAUUUGUUGCCAAGUGGGAGUGGGGAGCCCGGUCCACACUGUGGUGCCUGUAGGGAUAUUUGCUGUGUGAUCAGGGAGGAGCAGCUAGAAGGUGCUCUCUGGUCUCCUAGAUCUCUUUGGAAAAGGAGAAAGGGCUCGUGGUGGUUUUGUACUUGAGGUAAGUGAGUUUGGAGUAGCAGGACCUUCUCCUGAUGCUCUCUGCUCUCCCCUGUGGGUGCUGAGCAGCUGGGGGUCUGGUGCUGCAGAGCUGGCCAAGGGGGUCCUCUCUGACCCCGAGUAACUGUGGUCUCAUGGCUUUAAGUGAUGGGGAUUCACCUCUCUCCUGGGCGUGGCCUACCUGGUGUCUGCCCCAGAGGAGAGAGCCUGCAGACAGGCCAAACCUCCCCUCUCCCUACCCCAAACCCCUCUGCCCUGCCUGGCUCCUCUCUUUGGGGCUCUGUCCUCCAGAGCAGGUACAGUGGAAUGCAGGACCCCACUCGGGGUGACCUCUUGGGUGGGCUGAGUGUUUGGGGUCCAGGGCUGUGCCCUGCAAGUCCUGCUGGCAGGGGCAGGAGCCACAAGGCCAUGCCUUGGCAGUCAGGAGCAGGGCCCAGCCUGCUCAGGUGGGUGUGUUGCCAGGGCAGGGCAGAGCCAGGUGCUCUGCUGUGGGAUCAGUGUCCCCUUUCCCUGGGCAGCUGCCUGUAGGGUCCAGGCACCAGGGCUGUCCUUCCCCAGUCGUGUCUGAUGGAUUAACACAAGGGUUGUGCUCCAACCCCCCAGAAGCUCCCAGCACUGCCACCACCCGGUGCUCACCCAGCACCAGCCUCUCCACCAGCACCAAAAGGCUAUUGUCCAUCCACCCGUGGCCUGCAUCCCGCCCGGCCCCAGCCAUGCCCUCGCAGCUGGUGCCCUCAGCCCAGAGCUGAGGCUUGCCCAGCGUGGCUGCUCCUGGGGCAGGACGUGCUGGCACCUCGGCUGUCCCCUCCCCAGCCUCAGCAGGUCGGGGUUAUGGGGAGAGCUGACAGAGAGCUCAGGGCCAGAGCUAGAGAACACCGGAGGGAGACACAAGGGUGCUCUGCAUCCUCUGUCUUUGAUGCUCGGUCAUUAUCCCUGCAGUUUGUAUUCUGUAAAACUUGGUAUAUUUCUGUGCAAAAAAAAAAAAAAAAGGUAUUUAUUAAAAAACCCUCACUGUC